AUGGCCGUGGCAGGGUGUGUGCAGGCUGCCGACUGGAGCGGGGUGGAGGAGGGCCCCCAGCCGGCCCGGCCCAGCCUGACCUCCAUCUCCUCUGGGGAGCUGCGGAGCCUGUGGACCUGUGACUGCGAGCUGGCCCUGCUGCCCCUACAGCAGCUGCUGCACAUGCAGCCGGGCACCUUUCAGCUGCGAGGAGACCAGCUCCUGGUGCUGGGGCCUAGGCCUCAGGAGGCCCCACGUGGGGGCUUCAACGUCUUCUGCGACGGCUUCGUGCGCAUGGACCGGCAACUCUACAGAGUCAGCAACUACUUAAAGAGGUAUGUGGAACUGACCAACUAUUGUGAUUACAAAGACUACCGGGAAACCAUAUUGAGCAGACCAAUGCUAUUCUUUAUCAAUGUCCGAACAGAAGGAGACACCACAAAAGAAAAGACAUAUGCGUUUCUUGUGAAUACACGACACCCCAAGAUCAGAAGACAGAUUGAGCAUGGGAUGGAUACAGUCAUUUCCUCAGUGAUUGGAGAAAGCUACCGACUUCAGUUUAAUUUUCAAGAAGUGGUCAAGAAGUUUUUUCCUCCAGGAAAUGAAGUAGUUAAUGGAGAAGACUUGAAUUUUGUGUAUGAAUUCAAAGCCGAUGCCUUGUUUGAUUUCUUCUACUGGUUUGGCCUCAGCAAUACCACAGUUAAUGUUAAUGGAAAAAUCCUCAAUUUGUCUAGUACUAGCCCAGAAAAGAAAGAGACGAUAAAGUUAUUUCUGGAAAAAAUGAGUGAACCUCUCGUCAGAAGAAGCAGUUUCUCAGAUAGGAAAUUCAGCGUUACUUCCAGAGGCUCAAUAGAUGAUGUUUUUACCUGCAGUCUGUCACCUAGAUCAUCUUUGACGGAUCCUCUUCUAGCAGAAUUUCCCAUUUCAGCAGUCCUGGAAUCCGAAGAGAGACCCAACAAGUUCAUCCGAUUUGUGUGAAAUUGUCAGAGUUUGUUUUCAAACUGAAAAGCUUGUGCCUAGACUUUGGGGUCACAGGCGGGGGUGGUGGUAAGAGAGGGCCUUCCUCCACUUUUUAUCCUCUUUGCUCUCCUUAGGAGAGGUCAGUCCCUCUCCAUCUACCUUCAUUAGACCCCCAUAGAGGUCUAAUGAAAAAAAAUUUUUUUUUCUACAAGAUGUGAUGACCCAGCAGCCCUGACAGCUACAUCAUUUUAGGAACAUGCUCACCAGGGCUGAGGGCUUUCUCCUUCAGGCCUGUGGGGGAAGCUGUGCUUUUGGUACCUGCAGCCUGCUUUCUCUACCUUGUGGCCAGACAACUUGGAACAUUUUCUAACUUGUUUUGGGGAAAUCAUCAGAGCAGUGGGUUUGCCCAGUGACUGGGAACAUUCCUGCCUUAGUCCCAACUUAGCAGGCUUAUGGUAACCACUAUGGUGAUCGGUGCUCUCGUUUUAUAAACCCAGGAGUGUGAGAAGUUCUUUAGCACCAAGAGAUGAGAGUUUGUCUUCCAUGUUGCUCAUGUAAAAUAUCCACAUUCAUUUUCUUCUGGAGGGUGAGUUAGUUGGAUGGAGAAGGUACCCCUGUCUGAAAUGUGAACUCCUCAUGCCUUCUCACAUUCAAAGUGACUUGGGUAGCCCAGGAGGUAGUAUAGUUGCAUUUGGAGACCAAAGACCUGGCUUCUAGUUGUAAUCCUGCUUUUUACUGCUUGUGUUGUGACCUUCUCUGGACUUCAGUUUCUUUUUUUUCUUUUCUUUUUUUUUUUUUAGGCAAUGGGAGUUAAGUGACUUGCUCAGGGUCACACAGCUAGUAAGUGUCAAGUGUCUGAGGCCGGAUUUGAACUCAGGUACUCCUGAAUCCAGGGCCAGUGCUUUAACCACUGCGCCAUCUAGCUGCCCCAACUUCAGUUUCUUUAUCUGUAAAUUGAGAAAGUUGGAUUAGGUGGCCUCUAAGAACCCCCUCAGUUUGAAAUAUAUGAUCUUGAAAUCCUGUGAAGCUGAGUGAUAUCCAGUACUGAGCUAUGAAGGUCAUGAAUACUUCAAUUUCCUCCUUCAUUCACAACAGUACAUGAUUGUUAUUUUCAUACUUUGAAAGAGCUUGUAACAAUCUGAACACUAGAAACUGAAUGGAAGAAGAGUUAUGUUUACCACAAUGCUUUUUAACAGCCAAAACAAACAACAACAAAAAACCCAAACCAAACAAAAAGAACCUUGCACUUGCUAGCUACCUUAGGAUUUUCAGAAGUUAAGAUCUAUCUAAUCUAAUAAGCAUUUAUUAAGCACUUACUAAGUGCCAGAUAUUGUGCAAAACACUAGGCAUACAAUUAAUAGAAAGAGUCCCUGCCCUCAAGUGAGAGAUAACAGACAGAAGGAGGCAGGAAGGGGGAGGGAGGGCAGGGAAGCACAGUGGGUAUUUGGUUCCAUAGAGUUGAAACCAGGCAGACCAGAGGAUGCAACCAUCUUAAAGAUUAAAAAAAAAUCAAUCAUCAACAACCACAUAAACAUUGUCACAGAAGCGCAUAACGAAGGGGUUGUGUGUUCAGGGCAUACUUUGGUUUUAAAACUUUUCUAUGAUCCAUUUUUUUUCUUUUGCCAAGUUGGACACUCUAGAUAACACUACUUGAUCUUUUUUUGUUGUUGGUACUUGAAGUGUACUCAACCAAGUGCAAUUAAAUGAUUUUUCUUAGCACUUAAUAUGAUGAUCAUUAAAUUGGUUGCCCUCCUUCACAGUGCACUGAUUAUUUAGCAAAUAUUCACUGAGUUCCUGUUAUGGGCAAGGCAGUGUUUCUAGCUUCCCCCUUCAGUGACUUGGUCAAACAUGUGUUUCUUCGUGGUUCUUGAACAUCUGGGGACCUUCUUGAUUUGAUGGGAAAUUAAACAACCAGGAGAAACAUUUUUUUCUGAAUGGGAUUAGCAGGUAGAAGCAAAACAAGCCUUGGAACUCCGUGAAGAUGAGUCUUUAGGGGAACCUGAAAGAAAAUGGUAUAUAAUAACCAAAGGGGAUAAUUGCUCUUCACAGAAUUCUAAUGGAAUUGUACUUUCAUUUGUGUGCUGAAGUUUGAAGUCUUUAUACUUGAGAAAAAACAGAAGUUUCAAUUUAAUUCAACAAACAUUUAUUAAGAACACACUAAAAACAAAAAGAACAUACUAUGUGUUGGGCACUGUUUUAGGCACUGGGGAUACAGACAAAAAUUAAACCAUUCCUGCUCUUAAGGAGCUUAUAUUUUACUGCAUUAAGCAAAACAAUGUAAAAGAUGUAUUCAUUAUUUACAAUUAUAUUUGUCCAUAUAAUGAUGAAAGAUACCAUCAAUAGAGGAUCACCUUUCUUUCAGAAAUUUAAAGAAAAAUAGCACAAAAAAUGAAGAUCAUAGAUUUAAAGAUGAGAGGAUCUUUAUGUCUAACCCUCUUCAUUUUGCUGGGGAAAGGGAAAAGCCUACGAUCUGCCAGGCACUUUACAAACAUUUUCUCAUUUUAUUCUCGCAAAACCAUGUGAAAUAAGCACUAUUAUGAUUCUCAUUUUACAGUUGAGCCUGGACCUGGAGUCAGUAAGACUCACAGAGUUCAAAUCUAGCCUCAGAUACUUACUAGCUUAUGUGACUCUGGGCAAG